UUGACGACAUCUUAGCUCCCUCUCUGUUGUCAUCUGUCCGCGUUUCCCGUUGUCUUUCUUCUCUCUCUUCCCUCUUCUUCUUCUUCUUCUUCUUCUUCAGCUUCAUUCCCGUUUCGUACUUCCUUCAUCGCCUCCUUCCCUAUCUUCUACCAUACAGCUCUCAUCACCAUGCCUAGCUUCUCUCAAGCCACCGAGCUCUCCGCCUGGAAGGAGCUUCAGGACCACCACAACACCGUGGGUCGUAACAUUGUCCUGAAGGAAUGCUUCCAAAAGGAUCCCCAGCGCUUCGAGAAGUUCAGCCGCACCUUCAACAACACUGUCGACAACACCGACAUUCUCUUCGACUUCUCCAAGAACUUCCUUACUGAGGAGACCCUGGCCCUCCUGGUCAAGCUGGCCAAGGAAGCCAACAUUGAGGAGCUGCGUGAUGCUAUGUUCAAGGGUGAGCACAUCAACUUCACUGAGGAUCGCGCUGUCUAUCACGCGGCUCUGCGCAACGUCUCCAAUGAGCCCAUGCAAGUAGAUGGCAAGAGCGUUGUCGAGGACACCAACGCUGUGCUUGAGCACAUGAAGGAGUUCUCUGAGCAGGUUCGUAGCGGCGAGUGGAAGGGUUACACUGGCAAGAAGAUCAACACCAUCAUCAACAUCGGUAUCGGUGGUUCGGAUCUCGGUCCUGUCAUGGUGACCGAGGCCUUGAAGCCUUAUGGUGCUGCUGACAUGAAGCUGCACUUCGUCUCCAACAUUGACGGAACUCACAUUGCUGAGGCCCUCAAGAACUCUGACCCUGAGACCACUCUGUUCCUGAUUGCCUCCAAGACCUUCACUACAGCCGAGACCACUACCAACGCCAACACUGCAAAGACGUGGUUCCUUGAGACCGCCAAGGAAGAUGCUCACAUCGCCAAGCACUUCGUUGCGCUCUCCACCAACGAGGCUGAAGUCACCAAGUUCGGUAUUGACAAGAAGAACAUGUUUGGUUUCGAAUCGUGGGUGGGUGGCCGCUACUCCGUCUGGAGUGCCAUCGGUUUGUCCGUUGCUAUCUACAUUGGUUUCGACAACUUCCACCAGUUCUUGGCAGGUGCUCACGCCAUGGACAAGCACUUCCGCGAGACUCCCCUGGAGCAGAACAUUCCCGUCCUCGGUGGUCUGUUGAGCGUGUGGUACAGUGACUUCUUCGGUGCCCAGACCCACCUGGUUGCUCCCUUCGACCAGUACCUGCACCGCUUCCCGGCCUACCUGCAGCAACUCUCCAUGGAGAGCAACGGUAAGGCCAUUACCCGCACGGGCGAGUACGUUAAGUACACCACCGGCCCCAUCCUCUUUGGUGAGCCGGCCACCAACGCCCAACACAGCUUCUUCCAGCUGCUGCACCAGGGCACCAAGCUCAUUCCCUCGGACUUCAUCAUGGCUGCCGAGUCGCACAACCCCGUCGAGGGUGGUAAGCACCAACGCAUGCUUGCGUCCAACUUCCUUGCGCAGUCCGAGGCUCUCAUGGUUGGUAAGACCCCCGAGGAGGUUAAGACCGAGGGUGCCCCCGAGAACUUGGUGCCCCACAAGACCUUCCUGGGCAACCGUCCCACCACCUCGAUCCUGGCCCAGAAGAUCACUCCCUCCACUCUGGGUGCAUUGAUCACCUACUACGAGCACGUCACCUUCACUGAAGGUGCCAUCUGGAACAUCAACUCCUUCGACCAGUGGGGAGUCGAGUUGGGCAAGGUCUUGGCCAAGAAAAUUCAGCAGGAGCUGGAGACCGACGGCGCCGGUGCUGGCCACGAUGCUUCGACCAGCGGACUGCUGCUUGCUUUCAAGAAAAAGGCCAAUCUGGCAUAAAUGAAUAUCUUGGAUGCAGUUGGAUGGAUAUGCUUAGAGGACAAAAACAAGUUGUACAUGUUCAUGAAGCUAUGAGUGACAUUUUAAUUUAAU